AUGGCUUCAUUUGUCAAAGCAAAUUACAAUUUCUACUAUAGUUUGUUAUCAGUAAGAAUGACAGGAGCUUUAAGUAUGGUUAUUUUUGAGAAAACUCUAAAAUUCCCUAUGCUAAGAAAUUAGAUGUAUAAAAUAGGAGAUAUUUUAAAUAUGAUUUAAGUUGAUAUUUUAUAAAUAGUUACUUAUGUUUAAAAUCUAUUUACAUUGCUUUUUGUUAUUCCGUUCACAAUUAUUGCUUUUUAUUUUUGCUAUGAUUAAGUGAAGAAUUUUUCUAUUAUUCUAGUAAUGGCUGGGUGCACUCUGAUUUUCUUUGGUAUAUCUCUCAUCUUUGGAAGACUCUAUGGGCUGCUUUAAAAAAAAUUCAUGCAUUAAAAAGAUUUAAGAAUGAGAAGCUUAGAAGAAAUGAUGAGAGGAAUUAAAACAAUUAAAUAUAAUAGCCUUGAAAGUUUCUUUGAUUUAAGAUUAAAAUAAAGGAGAAACAAAGAGCUAAAGCAACUGAGAAUUUAAAAACUUCUGCUUAGUUUAAAUAAUUUCAUUUAAAAUGCGUCUAGUACUUUGCUUAUUUUAAUUAUCACCUGCAUAUAUGGCAUUAAAAGUUUAUAAGACUUUUUAAUUAUAUCAGGCGGAUUUCAAAUAAUUUUGGGCUUUUUGACUGUUGUGCCUGCUUCAGUUUCAGGUAUAGUUACUGGAUCAAAUUCUAUGUAUAGAGUAAAUACUUUUUUGGUUGAGGACUUUAUUUAUAAAAACAAUAACUCUGAUACAAAUUUGUAAGAAUACAAACAUAAGAAUGGUUCCCAAAAAUAUUCACUCAUUUUAUAAAAUGGCAACUUUUCUUGGAAAAAUUAACAAAAUUCAGCUAAUCUAUAGAAAUCUGUAGAACUCAAUCAGGAAGAUAGAUAGUCUUUACCUACUCAAGCAUAAAACUAGAAAUUUAAUUUUAAAAACUUGAAUUUUUAAAUUAAAAAAGGAAAUUUUGUAGUAUUUUAUGGAGAAUUAGGAAGUGGUAAAUCUUCCAUCCUUUAAGCAAUACUUGGGGAAAUGGAAGUAGAAGGGGGAUAACAGGUUUAUGAAUCUAUGGUUGAAAUAAAUGGUUCUAUUAGCUUAUGCUCUUAAGAUCCAUGGAUAAUAUAAGAUACAGUAUAAGAAAAUAUUUUGUUUGGGCAAAGUUAUGACAGUUAAAGAUAUUAGUAAGUUCUUAAAGCUAGUUGCCUCCAAGAAGAUAUCCAUUACUUUAUAGAUGGAGACAAGACAAAUAUAGGUGAAAAUGGUGAAACUUUAUCAGGAGGUUAAAGAAAAAGAAUAAACUUAGCUAGAUCGUUGUAUAGAGAAGCUGAUAUCUACUUAUUAGAUGAUCCAUUAAGUGCUCUUGAUAUCAAAGUGGCUACAUUUAUAUCAAGAGAAUGCUUUGAAGGGCUAUUGAAAAACAAAACUAGAAUAGUUUUUACUAGCAAUUUAGUAGGUAUGCAGAAGGCUGAUAAAAUUUAUUUAAUAAAAAAUGGCUAAAUAAUAAAUGAAGGAAAUUAUAAUUUUAUUAAAAAAUAAUCUGAAAUUUUAAAUAAUAAUGGAUUGGAAGAAGACAACUAAAUAGAAGAAAUAGAAAGAUAGUAAUCUGAGAGAAUCCUAAGAAAAAGUUAUUUACAAAAAAAUAUUUAAGAUAAAGAUUAGGAUAAAUGCUAUACAAAAAAACUUAUCUAAUAAGAAGAAAUUUAAACUGGGAAAAUUCAAUUAGAUGUAUUCAAGCAAUUUAUUAAGAGCAUUGGAGGAAUCUUUUUUAUUCUUGUUUCUGUUAUAAGUAAUAUUUUUCAUUACAAUUAUCAUUUCUUAAAUCUUUUCUGUAUUAUAGUAAUUAGUGGGUUCGUAGUGGCAUGUAUAUUUUCUAAGUUAGUUAUACUUCAGGUAUCAGGAAAGUCGGAUUAAUUUAAAAUAAUUAUAACUUAUUGUUUUUUAGACAUAAUGAGAUGUGUUUCUAUACUAUUAUAUGAAUAUUUAAUUGUUUUUAGAAUGAUUUCUCUUUCACGACACCUUCAUAAAUCAACUGUUUUUCUACUCUUGAGAGCUUCUUUUACCAAAUUUUACAAUUUAAUAACUACUGGACGUAUAAUGAAUAGGCUUUCAAAAGAUAUCUAUUAAGUGGAUUUACUAAUACCUUAAGAUUUACAAAGUAUCUUCAACAUUAUUGGAUCAAUUAUUAAUACUUUUAUCCUAACAAUUAUGAUUUGUCCUCCAAGGAUAAUACCUGUUUCAAUAAUAUCUUUUCUUCUAUGUGGAUUUAUUUCUUACUAUUUUCUACGAUCUAAAAGAUAAGUAAUCAGAAUUGAGGCUGCUUCAAAAAGUCCAAUUUUGUAAUAUUUUUCUGAAGUAAUAAGAGGAGUAAUUUACUUAAGGAAUUGUGUUCAAUAGUCUUUAAUAUCGCAAAAAUUCUAAGAUUUAGUUGAUAUUGACCUGAGAAAUCAAAUAGCUCUAAAUGGAAUACAAUAUUGGUUUGAAUGCAUCACAUCUUUUAUAGGUUUUUUUCCUAUACUGAUAUCAAUCCUUGUUGCUUAUUAUGAUUUAGAAUUAGAUCCUAGUUUGGCAGUGAUGAUUGUUCUUUAGAUUUCUGAUUUUUCUGUUUGUUUUAUAACUCUCUCAUAGAAUUGGGUUAACUAUGAAACUCACAUGGUAAACUAUGAAAGAUGCUUUAGAUUGAAGCAGAGUAUAAUUUCUGAAAACUACGAUUCUAAUACAAAUAAAGGAUUGACAGAAAAUCGUACAUCUUCUGAUACUCCAAUUAUUUCUAUGUAAUAUGAUAUAUAGCCAGAGAGCUCUUCAAAUUCAACCAGGCAAAAUUUUGAAAAACAGAAAGAAUUUUAAGUUGUAUCUCAAUCGAUUCAGUUUUAGGAUGCUAGCUUUAAAUAUAGAGAAGACAUGCCAAACUGUUUAUCUAAUUUAAAUUUAAUGUUUGAAGGUAAACAAAAAAUUGGUAUAGUAGGAAGGACUGGUGCAGGUAAAACAUCCAUAACCUUGGCCCUUACUAAAGUUAUCGAUUUAGUAUAAGGAGAUUUGUUAAUUAAUGGGAAAAGUAUUCAAGAUUAUACUUUAAAUGAAUUGAGAGAAACAAUUAGUGUUGUAAGCCAAGAACCUUACAUUUUUGAAGGGAGUCUCAAACUCAACCUUGAUCCUUAUCAUAAAUAUUCUGAUUAAUAGAUUAUAAAUGUCUACACUAAAUGUGGAUUCAGUAAUUGUAAUUCAUUCAAAUAAGGAUUAGAUACACAAAUUAGCUUAUUAGGCGAUAACUUAUCAGAAGGAGAAAAAUAGCUUAUAAGUAUUGGCAGAGUUAUUUUGAAAAAGUCGAAAAUUAUCAUUGUUGAUGAGCCCACCAGCCAUAUCGACACUUCUAUGGAAGAACAUGUAACAAAACUUCUAAAUGAAAGCUUCAAAGAUAGUUUAAUGCUUACUAUAGCACAUAAAGUUUCAACUAUCAUGAGCAGUGAUAAAAUUCUAGUCUUAGACCAUGGAGAAGUAAAAGAGUUUGAUAGUCCUCAAGUCCUUUUAUAAGACUCAUAAUCGUUAUUUUAUGGCAUAAUAAAUUUAAUUAAUUAGAACAGAAUAAAUUGA